AGCCAGUAGCUAGUGGGUUCGUCGGUGAGAGUCGUGUCGUUCACUCGAAGUGAUCGUGUGGUGUUACUCGACGAGCUAGUCAGGCGGUAUUCUGAAACGCGAGAUACAAGCAAACGGCGACAAAUAUAUCCGCAAUUGUGAGUGUAUUUCGUGAGACUGUGAGAGAGCAAAACGAACAGAGCAUUUCACGGAGCGUACACCGACGGUGGAGCUUCGAUUUCACGUACUGUUUCUUCAUUGAAAACAAAAAAUCAUUGCGCUAUACUGUGUAUGGUACACGAGCGAUCCAAGAUGCUGUCGUCAGUGCCAGCGAAAUAAUAAUGUGGUGCGACGUUGGUCAGAGUUGUGCAAUGAUGGGUCUGCAGGCCACGGCAGGAAAACGUAAACUGGAGGGAGGUGUGGGCUGCAUGGAAUUCGACAUGGAUAUGGGCGAAAGCCCAUCGAAGUUAGGCCGGGUGGAGGGUAGCUGGUGGGCGAUGGAGGAUAGUUACACCCCCCCGUUGAGCCAAACACCGUCGUCUUAUUACGAUAUGGAAGUGAGUUCUCCCUGCCUGCAGACAAAUCCUUGUCAGCCGACAUCGGCAAGUCCUCAACAACAACAACAGCAGCAGCAGCAGCAGCAGCAGCAACAACAACAUCAAACGGCGCAGCAGCAGCAACAGCAGCAACAACAGUCGUCGACGACGACGUCAGCGCCACCACCAUCUACGGUGGCGCAUCUGCAUCAUCAUCCGCAGCACUACUACCAUCAUCAACGCGGCCCUAGCAGUCCAGUCGGUAACAACGGUUACAGCCAACUGUCGAGGCCUCAGCCGCAGUGGGGAACGCCUCAUCAUUACGAGCCGCCAACGAUACGGCGAGAAGAAAAUGGAAAGAGUUAUUUGGAGCUUGGUUCGAGUUACCGAGCGAACGAGAGGUGCUGCGAGGGUUCGAGGUCGAGCUGGUGUCGGCGUGGCAGAGCGUGCUACAGACAAAGGCGACUGGCCGUUUUAAACAUUUCUAUGUGCAAGUUAGCGAGGUACCGCCAGUUUCCGGAUCCGAGCCUUCAUCGAUCGGUUCUCAUCUGCAAUACACUAAGGCAUCUGGAACGUGAGAUGGAGAGGGACAGAAGUCCACCGCCCAUGGAGCCGGUUAUACCGGCACCGAUUGCUCAACUUCAACCUCCUGAGCAGGGUAGGUUAACACCGUUCCCAAUGCCUCCAACGUCUUCGAACGAAACCGAUGCUGACUCCGGCAUUGGCGAUAGCGAUGAUAGCCGCUCGAUCAACUGGGGUAGCGUACUAUCUCUAUCGAGUCAGUCGCCUCUAGAUCCAUUGAACAACAACGAGUUACUGGACGUCGAUAUCGGUCCAGACCUAGACUUAGACUUCAUGCCUGGAUGGAAGCUGACACCCCUGUCCGCGGACGAUAUCCUUAGGAGUACGACGGCGCAGGAACAGCAACAUCAGCAGCACCAACAGCAUCAUCAUCAGCAACAACAGCAGCAACACCUGGCGCCAGCUAGCGGUAGUUGCGCCAGUAGCAACGUGGGCAGUGCCUGCGUCAGUACUGGCAGUAGCAGUAGUACGCACGAGUCGUUAAUGUGCGUUGGAUCAUAGCCCCCGAUUUUGACAUCGUUGAGUCACCUCAUCGAUUUUUACCCGUUGAUGCCGCAGAGCAAAUAAAUGCGCGGCACCCAUAAAGAACAGCAAGUCGAGAUGCAGAGACGACGUAGUCGCCCGCUCUCGAAUAUGUGUGCGACGCCUGGUCAGCGACUCUCCAGGAGGUCUUCUUUUUCUUAUUUAUUACCGUUCGUGUCAAUUACGCACCGAUCGAUUAUCUCGGUUACGUUCUACUUUUACCACAACCGAUAACUAGCAUGGGUCUGCUCCCUGUGGGAGAGAGGGACCCGUCGUGGUACGCUGUGUUCGUAGGUGCAGCAGGUGCAAGAUUCAUGGCGCAUUGGAAAUGAUGUUUAGAAUUCGAGGCAAGAGAGGUGAUUAGAAUUUGCAC